AUGGGUCACGCUCACGGUCUGAGAUCGGGCACGCGGUAUGCCUUCUCGCGCGGCUUCCGGAAGCAUGGACAGAUCCCUCUGUCCACCUACCUGAAGCAAUACCGUAUGCCCUACAAGUACUACCACGGCAAGACUGGUGUGGUCUACAACGUGACCAAGUCCGCCGUCGGUGUCAUCGUCUACAAGCGUGUCGGCAACCGCUACAUCGAGAAGCGCAUCAACGUGCGCAUCGAGCACGUCACCCACUCCCGCUCCCGUGAGGACUUCCUCAAGCGUGUCAAGGAGAACGCCAUCAAGAAGAAGCAGGCCAAGGAGCAGGGCAUCCACAUCCACCUGAAGCGACAGCCCGCUCAGCCCCGGGAGGCCCACGUCGUUGAAGCCGAGGGUAACUUCCCUGAGACGAUCACGCCCAUCCCGUACGACACCCACAUUUAA